AUGGCGCUCCCGCCGAGCUCGCCUCGGCUGCCCAGCCCUCCCCCGGCCGCCGAAAUCCAGAUCGGGCCCAAAUCGCCGGCAGCCUCGGGCGCAACUUUGGCCCAACAGCAAAUGGAGCAGCAAAUGGAGCAGACGAUCCUCGAUGCCAACUCCAAGCGCCGCAUCCACCCGGGCACCCGGGCUGCAGAUUUUGCCGUAGGGCCACCGCUUGUCCCGCUUAAUGAGCUCGACUCGGCGUUCCAGCUCCAAGAACACCUCGCUGCCCUCCAUUACCACCACACUGCCAACAAUACCAUUCCCAUCUCCCGCGAGACCGCCCACAUCCUCGCCCAGGCGCCCGCCGGCACCGACCGCACGCUCUGGCUAUACGAGCUCUGCCGUUUUCUGAUUGCGCAGUGCAACAGCCUUAUUGUCGGUUUUCUCUUUGACACGCCGCCCUGCAGCGCCACCACCUGCCCCGAGAUGCGUGCGUCGGAGUGGCAGUUUUUGUGCGCCGUCCACGAGCAGCCGCGCUCCUGCUGCGCCAUCGACUACUGCUGCCACACCCUCGACUGGGCCGCAAAUGUCGUCACCAACCCCAAGAUUUUCCCCAGCCGCUUCGUCUUUGCCGAUCCACACGACAAGAAUGCGGCCGUUAAGAACCUGAUCAACGUGUUCCGUCGUCUCCACCGCAUCUUUGCCCACGCCUGGUUCCAGCACCGUGGCGUCUUCUGGUCUGUCGAGGGCCAGACUGGCCUCUACGUCUUUUUCAAAACUGUCUGCGACAUGUAUGACCUGCUACCCGCCGAGAAUUACAAGCUGCCACCUGAGGCUGAGGGCCUGGACGUCACACCUUCCGUGGCGGUGUCGGGCAGCGGUGCGCCCGCAGAGCCUUCAACAAAUGAGAGCAGCACUGCCCCCUCCGAGAAUGUGGCACCGGGCCUCAUCCCGAUGUCGUCCAUCGCCGACAAGAAGAGCCUUGCCAUGAACCCGGCAUCUGGAGGUGCGGCCGGCGAUCGUUCAGCGUACCGGUCAGGCUCUGGACCGGCUGGCGCCGGCUCUACUUCGAGCAGUGGCACAGGUCUUGCGGCGGACCUACUGGGUGCCGACAGCGAACACCUGCACGCGGUUGGCCGCACCAAUACGCGGCGACACAUUCGUAGCAGCCCGUCCACUGGCAGCGCUGUGACCACCGUUCUGGAGCAAGAUGAGGACGGCGCGAAUGCUGCACCUGGUGCCGCCGGCCGGCCCGUCUCCAUCCUUAAAAAUACCCACUUAGCACCCGCACUGGCUCGCUCAUCCUCUCACUCGACGACGCCGCCGACGGUCACCGAGCAAGAAGUUCCGGCGGACGAGUCAAAGACGGACGGCAGUGGAGCCGGUACAGGUACAGACGCCUCGACGACUUCGGUGCCCAUUAUCGUGGAACACCACCAGCACAAGUCUGCAACCGCCACACCGCCUGAGCAAGAGCCAGCAAGCACAGUGGAAGCGUCCACGACAGAUAGCACCGAAACAGAACAGACCGAGCUGAGUGCAGAGCCCGCUAACGCAGGUGCAAACCCUCCAAACGAGAAUGAACCUACCGAACCGAUCACAGUCAUUGUAGCGGGUGAGCUGGCAGAAGCCACAGGUGGUGCAGCGGCGGCUGCGGAGAAGCCUCCCAAGGAAGAAUCAACUGGCGUCCCAGCAGCUUCCGAGACAGCGACAGAGGAGGUCACCUCGACUGUCGAAGACGAAAGCGCCAAGGACGUGAAGCCGACCGAUGGCACUUCUCCUGUCGCCACUAAAGAAGAGUCAACAGCAACUGAGACUGAGCCUGCCCCGGAGGAUACCUCCAACGCCACCGAGGAAACGCCGGAAGCUGCCACGCCCGAGGGCAAGGAGGCUACUGACAAGGCCCAGAAGGAGGAUGAAGCAACCAAGGCCGAGGCGGCAGAGGCCAAAGCUGAUGUCGAGACCGAGGCCACUGCAGAACCAGCACCGAUAGCCGAAGAAUAG